AUGUCCAUGUUUCCCGGCCGUGUGUCGUGCCUGUUGGCCAUUGUGCUCUGUUGUGUAAGUGUGAGUGGAACCACAGAGACUGGCGCUGUUGAAAAUGAAAUCAGUAUAGAUCCUAAAAGCAUUUCUGAUUUGGCAGAACUAUCCGUUGAAUCGGUCAAAGCGGCAAAUGCGACGAGGAAUAAGAUUUUGCAAUUGAAGGAUGAAUGUAUUGCUGCUGCAAAAAAUGCCACUGACUUAACCAGAGAAGCCAAAGAGUUCGUCGCGAAAAUCAAUGAGUUCGUCAAAGCAGCGGAGACUAAUNCAGUUCUGUGUGGGUGCGUGUACCACUACUGA